CGUUAUCGCCAAGAUGGCGAGCCUGGAGAGAAAGCACGAGACAACAACAAUACAGAUAAAUACUGAAGGUGACAACAUGUCAUAGAUAGAGGAAAAUUCACAAAGUACCACGACAAACGAAAACUGCUUCUUUGAACAAAAGUUGUGGAGCAAUUAGAAGUUCUUCCCUUUCUAAAAUCCGGGAAAAACAUGGCAUCCAUUGACAUUGUUAGCUUGUUGACUGGGUUAGUUCAGUUUGUUGGUCAUACUUUCACGACUUCGAUGGACAUUAUUAGCACUGCCCUGUCCGUUAACUAUCAGGUCGUUUCUUCACUCCUUAAGUUAAUCUUAAGUACCACAAACGCUUUGAUUGCCGUCUUAUGGGCGCUAUAUGGAGCAGUAUGUGACGUGUUAUACUAUUUACUAGAGUUUGUGGUUGAAAUCUUCCAUUUGACAAGUAUAGCUACCAAAGGUGUACUAAAGUUGGGAUGGAUCCUCUUCGAUGCUGUAGGACUCCUAAUUCACGCGACGGAGAAAUGUAUUGCAUAUCUUUGUGGCUGCCUUGUAUGGAUAGCCAGACUUGUUGCCAAUGAAAUCACAGCUUAUAAUAGUGAAACAAAUGAGAUGGUGCGCACCUUGUGGAAUGGAGUAUGUAAUAUAGGGUCAUUUGUUAUUCUGUUUUGUAACAGUGCCGUCUCGCUAGUAACAGGGUCAUGUUUGGAAUUUUUGCACUUCAUGCAGCAUGUUUGUUUUGCUGCUCAAAAUACAGUGAAAACGACAAUAUCUUCAAUAGACAGUAGCAUGGAAUCAUUGCUGCAGUUCGUAUUACAAAUCCCCCUUGAUGCCUACAUUGGGAUAGUGUUUUGCAUUGGGGUGAUUCUUUGGCGUAUCACAGGUCAGGGUUUUCAUCUCUCUGCCUUCAGAGCCAGUGACACAAUGGAGAUAGAACUACAGGGGGAAGGAGCGGACAUGUAUGCAAUAGACAGCAGUGAUGAUGAAGCUGACGGCAAUGAAGAGAACUCCAUCGCUGAUGAAGAUGAUGAAGAGGAGGAGGAGGAUUUUACUGAUGCUGAUGAGAACAGUGUAGACAGUCAGGAUAGAGUUUCUAUCACUGACACAGACAGUGAUGAUGGUUCUCCAGUUGAAGAAUCGGGUGACUCAGAGGGCUCUGAUUCCUCAGACGAUGCACCCGUUCAUGUAGAACUUCCACAGGGGUAUGCUCUCCGUUCUAGAGCCUCGCCAUCACCCAUGCCAUCUUAUAGCAAAGGGAGCAACCCAGAUACUUUGGUGCGUCAACUAGAAAGUGAACGAGAUAAACGUUUAUGUGUUGUGUGCCAAGACCAGGUGAAGUGUGUGCUCAUUCUUCCCUGUAAACACAUGUGCCUGUGUGUCCACUGUGCCCACCAAAUCACUGCGGCCAGAAUGGCCAACAGGAGAAUAUGUCCACUCUGCAGAACUAGGAUUGAGAAAGUGAUGAAUGUUUACGUGUAGAGACAUCCGUGACCAGUUGCGCCAAAGUCGGAUUUCAUUUUGUGCAAGAUUCAGGCAGGCAUUGUGUGCUUCUGAAAAUGGCGUAAAGAAUGUGUCACAAACAAAAUAAUAAUAAUAAGAAGAAGAAAUUAAUGAACUUAAAAUUAUUUAAAACAUUUAACAUAG